UCUCACAACUUCACUUUACAAUCAAGCAGCAAGCCGCUGACGUACGCACUCGCUCUGACUGAACUUGGACCAGAAGUGGUACAUCAGUAUGUUGGCUACGAACCGUCCGGAGUAGCUUUCAAUCAAAUCACCUUAAACCCGCAAAAGCGUCCUCACAAUCCACUGAUCAAUGCUGGUGCACUAGCCAUCUGUAGUAUUCUCCAACCACACCUUAGUCCCCCCGAGCGGUUCCGUUAUGUGGAGAACAAAUUCAGUCAAUUGGCUGGAGGUCAAACACUUGGAUUCAACAAUGCUGUAUUUCUUUCUGAACGAGCUAGUGCGGAUCGGAAUUUUGCAAUUGCUUACUACAUGCAGGAGAAUCGCUGUUUUCCGGAACAGACUAAUCUAAGGGAUUUGGUGGAUUUCUACCUACAAAUCUGUUCCAUCGAAGGCAAUUGUGAUGCGGUUGCUGUGAUGGCCAGUUCGUUGGCUAAUGGUGGAAUCAAUCCACUGACCGGAGCUCGACUACUCAGUGCCGGUGCGGCUCGAGAUACCUUAUCUGUGAUGCACUCUUGUGGCAUGUACGACUACUCCGGCCAGUUUGCAUUCAAGGUGGGGUUGCCAUGCAAGUCUGGUGUAUCGGGCGUGAUCCUGGCCGUAGUCCCAAAUCUGAUGGGUAUUGCACUCUACUCACCGUUGAUCGAUCGACACGGGAAUUCUGUGCGGGGUGUUCAGUUUUGUCAGGAUCUUGUUCAAAGAUUCAUCUUCCAUCACUAUGAAAGUCAACUGCACACUGACAAGAAAUUUGAUCCACGUAAACCUCGUGACGCGUAUCGUACGGAUGCGAUUGCCUCACUACUCUUCGCCGCCGAGAACAACGAUCUGGCCACACUGCGAAGAAGCUAUAUCAGUGGUGUGGACUUCACCUCAGUUGACUAUGACGGUCGGACAGGGUUGCAUGUAGCGGCCAGCUCGGGUUCCUUGGACGCUGUGCGAUUUUUCAUUGAAGUAGGCGGUGUGAAUCCGAAUCCGGUCGAUCGCUGGGGUCACACACCGUUGUCCGAAGCAAAACACUUCAAUCACACGGCUGUGGUCGAAUACUUAGAGCAGUGA